UUAGCUUGAUUUCUUUGCUAAAACUUUGUCAUAUCUUUGCGUCAUACUCACCGUUGACAGUUUUUACUUUUUCAAGAUAUUCAAUGAAAAUUAUCCCACGCGAAUCCCGAAAAACCGACGCCAUGACCUUGCUUGAAGAUGGAACGAUCUUUGCAUUCUUUGGAGCCGGUUCUACCUUAUUUUUAAUGUUCUUUUGUUUCGGGUGUGAAGUGAUGGACUCACGUUUCAUCCACGGUCAUGAAACGGCGCAAAUUUCGAUAAAAAAUUGUCAAAUUUUGAGCAAACCACUGCACCCAUCCUACCCACAGCUUCCUCAUUUUGAAAUUUUCUGUUAAUCUGCGAUGUACCGCACUUUUUGAAAUGCCUAGUUCGCCCACUUUCAGUUGACGAUCAUUCAGUACCGCUUUGUGGAUUUGGAUCUAGAAUCGUCACUCAUUAAGUCGAGUCAAUCUGAGUACUUCUUCAUUUUUUACCGAAGCGCUCCAGCAGAUCUUGAGGAUUCGUUUAUAAACCAACACCUUGGCAUUCUUAAUUUUAUUUCAGAAGAGAUUGUGACUCUUAAAGUUACUCAUUAUUUUUUUUAAGACUUGAAUAUACUUUAAACCUAUUAACCGCUGACAGGACUCGAACCUACAGCGGGAAUCCUUCAUUCAUCGAUAGGUUCAUACGGUUGAAUACAGAUUAAAAGGUAAAUCCUAGAUUUCGACUCAAUGAUCCAAGCGGUAUUUGGAGGAUUCUUCAAUCCUUUGUGCUAGGUUAGAAGCAAUUCUAUUGAUAAAUGAUGGAUUUGAUUAUCAUUUUCGGCAACAUUCCGGGAUAGAUAUUAUUAGGACAACCGUUAUAUUAUCAAUAUUAUUAUAAAUUGAUUCACGUCCAGUGAGAACGAUCUACUUUUGAAAUCGAAAUUACCGUGGACAGCGUUUUGCAUUUACUAAAUGAACCAUUCACUAUUAUAACAAUUAGUUGUUGUUUUCUUGAAAAAAAAACUACAAUAUAGCAAACAAAUGUUAGCACAAUGGUGAUGUGUAUAUUUAGAGUAGAGACUUGGAGUUGGGCCAUAGAAUUUUCGACAUUUUAAAACCAAUGUAAAAGAUUUUAGUGAAUAUCAACACGUACAUAUCGAUGACUUCAAUUUCUUUAAAGGAAUGGAUUCUCAAAGGAAAAUCAGUAAUGUACCGUCGCCACCGAAAAACACUUCUUCAAACUCAAAUCAACAGGGUUUCGCGACCUUGAUUGUAAUGAUAGCAGUUUUGUUCAUCAUAGUAUUAUUCUGUUGUUUCGCCGCACCCGGUAUACGAAUGAUGUGCAAGAGAUACAUCUUCAGGCGGUGUCUACCUAACGACCACAAUAUUGAUAAUGGUAGCACAAGAACAGACGAGGUCUGCACACCCACUGUAAUAAUUCUUCCUAACGGUAGAAUGUUGGUGGUUGAUAGAAACGUCUUAAGAACCGAAUUAGAAUUAAUGGAGAUUAGCGCUGAUCUUUUUAAUCCACACGUGGGUAGCACUCCUAGUAUCUUAGAUUCUAGUGAUACAUCGAAGGGUAUCUCCCCUACUUCUCUCGGAGUGCCUCCACCUACUUACGAAGACGUUUUUCCUGAUUUCCCUCCAUCCUACAGCGAGAUCAGCAUCGUACAAAAGUCAGAUGAAUUUGAGGAUUCGAAGGAGCGCAAAUUAAGUGAAGAUGUAGUGAACUGUAAUGGUUUGAUAAACCAAAAUGUGAAUUGUGAAUAGUGGGGGAAUAUUGAUGUGAGCAACGAAAUUUUUUUAUAGGUAUUAACAGUAAUAGCAACACAACGAUCAAAAAAUAUUUUUUUUAUGUGAAUUAUCAAUUUAUUAGGUGGUAAGUGAAAAAUUAUAUCAUUAACAUAAUUUUCCGUUAAAUUGUUUUUGACCGGACCUCGUAUAAAUAACAAUAGCGAUAUUUUGUCUCAUUGGUAAGUAGUAACUAUUUUAUUUUCGAAAAAUUUCCCAACAGGUGAAUCAGAAGAUGAAUAAGAAUAGUUUUAUCACAUACCAAGGUUAUUUCACUUUAUUCUCUUUUAAAAUAAAUUAUAGCAUAAUGGGCCACGAAACGUAUCAAGUAGGGAGUAAAUAAUUAACCAACACACACUUUAUACCACUACAUUUUCCAAAUUCAAAAUAUAUUAAAAAUAUCUCUAUAUUUAUUACUGUUCCACACUGUAACUCUUCACCGUUUUAAAGUUCUAAUAUCAAGGUCAAGAUCAAUGCAUCGAUACCCUUGGAAAUUAGGAAGGUAUCAGUUUGGCAACACCGAAUUCAAUUAAUUUUCAUAGAAAUAAUAUUAAAAAUAGAGGGUGCUUGUUCAAGUGCUCCCAAAACUAAUGAUAUAGAGAGUAAUAUUAUUUAUCUCUUUCCACUAUAUUCUGAUUGGUUCGUCAUGACGUCAAGUUUCGAGAGAUGGGAAUGUUUUAAUCAUAAGCGAUUUCUUUCCCUCUCUUCCUUCAUCACAAUUUUAUAUUUACAUGCAACUCUCUCUAUUUAUAAUAUUAACUCUAUGAUAAUUUUCACUCAUAUAAUUUAACGACGUUCACUAGUAGAAACCUAGUUCGGUAAAUGUAUGCUUUGGCUUCUGUUCGCUAGAUGGCUCUGUAAUUUACAAAAAGAACGAUUUAAUAACAAUUGCGAAUUAUUUUAUUGAACUUUUAUUAUAGGAUUUAUGAUAUUUUGAAUAUAUUCAAUCAUUUCAUUUAUUUUCCACGGAAAUAAAUACAAAUUAUUCAAUUAAUAUUCAUAAAUUACAAUAAUAAUUUUAGUGACAUCGUGCUACGAAAAUGUGUACUACACAAUAUUUGUCUAGGUGCAAUUUCAUGUUUAAGUUUGACUUUGGCUUAGAGCGUCAAAUAAUUUCGACUGGAGCGCCAUCUUAAAUUAAUGCAGCGUCAAGCUUAAAAACACUAAAAUAUACCACCUCUGUUAAUAGUCUGAACGUUCAUGAUAAAAUAAUAUAUAGUUGAUGUUUAGAUUCGGUGCUGCAUUAAUUAUAGAUGGCGCUGCUUUGAAAAUUGUACCACGUGACCUCUUUUGAAUGUCUAAGCAGGCGUCAAGGGUCAACAUGAAAUUGCACCUUCAUUUUUUGUAAUUAUAUUUAGAUUUUUUUAUUUAAAAACGCAGGCUUCGAAAGAACAACUGUAAUAUUUUUCUACGUAUCUUUACAAAUUAAAUAUAAAGUGAUACAAUAUAUGAACAAUAGAAAAAAUUAUGGAUGAAGGAAGAAUAAUGAAAGGGACAUCUAAUUCUCAGUAUUUAAAAAGAAAAAGAAGAUAAUAGAAAUUAUUUAAUGUGGAUAUAGAGUUAAGCUUAAAAAUAGAGAUAUUGUCUUAUGACGUUACAAAGUACACGACAUUACCUCACUUUAUAGUAAACGUAAACAAACAACAUAAUAAUAAAUAAUAUAAAAUUAAAUAGUGCCAGUAUAUCAACUCUGAAGUAGUAUUCACUGGACAUAUUGUUCUUGUAAAUGUACCCAAAAUGGAAGCUUUCAUAGCUACCCAGUUGCUGUAAUUUGUGACGUCACAAAAAUAUAUCGUGUGGGAUUAAUAAAAGUAGACCGUCCUAUUACUUGUGGCCGUCACCACUCUCUAUCUAUCUCUCUCUACUUGCUAGUAAAGGCAAAUGUUGUUAUCCUCUUUUUUUGUUUUUGCCACUAUGCCACGUCAUGGUGAUCCAAUCAGAAUGGAGUACAGACAGAUUUUCUCUUCUUCUACUAACAGUUCGAGAAAACUUUCUCGUUCUCUUUCUAUUUUUAAUAUUAACUCUACGAGUAUGGAGGGCAUUUAAUCAAUGACAAUCAAUUCAGUUGAUUUUCAUUGCAUUUAAUAAAAAAUGUUAUUUGUAAAGUUUUAUUUUCGGCAUCUUCUAUUUGUUGCUAAUUUAAUAUAAGGAAAUUAUAUCUGAGUGUGGAAUUUUCAUCUAAUUUCACUAAGUGUUACUAAUUUUUAAUUAAGAAUCUAUUAUGUCAAAUAUAUUGGUAGUUGUAUAUAUGUUUGAAAAAUCAUUUUGCCGAUAUAAAUAAAGUGAUUCCAUUUUUUAAAUUGUUACUACGUUUGAUUUGAAAGGUUUAGAUAACAUAUUAUCUAUUAAUGCUUCUGAAUGCUCUUGAUUUUAGGUCUUUAAGACUUAAAGAAAAGUCGAAACGUCAAUUUUUAUCUUUCUUUCAAAAAUUAUUAAAAAAAACUAAUUUUAAAACAGAAGAGGCCUAAAAUCAAGAACAUUCAGAAGCAUUAAUAUAUCAAAAGGUCCAAGAAAUGAGAAAUUAUCUAUUUAUAUAUUGAUACAUAUCGCAAAUAAUGAAAAUAACUUAAGUCGUGUGACUAAAUAAGAAAAAAACAUUUUUUUUUGUCAAAAAUCUGUUCGAUAAAGCCAGAUAACAAGUUUUCAUUAAGAAUUAAUGAUAAAUUAACACACGACAUUGUUUUGAAAAUAACAGAAGUAGUUUUAUUUAAAUGACUGUCACUUUUUUCUGUCAGAUCGAAAUGUCAUGAAAUUAGACACGCAGUUUUUUGAUAGUUGGUACUUUAUAAACGUCAUAUGGUUUUGACAAUAGCAGCUUCAUCAGUGUGUCAGUGACACGACUUAUUGAAUGAAGUUAUACGUAACUAUAAAUUGAAAAAAUAAAACUAUUUUCAACAAAAUCAGCAUGCAAUUACGAGCAAAUAUAAGUACUGAGAUGAUUUUAUAUUUGUAAUCAACAAUUGUUUCUAGAAAACAAGUAUAUAGUGUCAGGAUUGAUAAGAAUUGUCUCGUUUAACCACCUCGCUUGUAAAAUUAUCAAAAUAUUCACAUGGAUAGCAUGAAAUGUUAUUAAAUAUAUAAAUAUAAUAACAACCGAUUAUAUAAAUAAUAUUUAUCCACGGCUGUUGUAUAUUGUCCCCAUUAUAAGUCUUCCUGCUCGACCAUAAUAAUAUUCAUUGGUCACUGCUCUCAGAUACUUUCUCGAUUUAGCUACAUUAUAUUGUUUUCUUACUAAAAAUCGAUUUUUAUAAAUUUAGCAUGUAAAAUACUACUAAAUAUUAUCAAUCAAAAUUAAUAAAGUGACUUUUUGAUACCACCAAAAAUUAAAGAAGUGGCUGGAGUUGCCUGUUCAAAUUUAAUGUCGGCGCAAAGUCAAGGAAAGUAUAUAAUAUGGCAUACGAAUUCUUGUUAAAAUAUUUGUCAAACUAAUACAUCGAUUUUUGUGUUGAUUAUUAUACGGUUAUUAAAAUUUUUGAUAACUAUGUACUAUGUAUAAAUGAACAAUAAUAUAUUGUAUGGAAUAUUUGUUAUAAUAAAAUAAUAGUGUUUCUAAUAAGGUAACAAAAUUUUUCAAUAAAAAAAUUCAGUAGUCGUGGAUAAAGUAUAGUAUUCUAUUCGAGUAUAAUGCGUGGCAUAAAUCACCACCAUUAUACAAUCUUGAAAAAUAUACUAUUAUUGAAUAGUUUCAGUUGUUAUUAAUUUUUUGUCGAUUCCGACAAUAUAACAUGUUUUAUACAACAGUGUGAAUAUUCAAACUUACGAUAAUAAAACACCCCAAAUUAAUCGACUUAAUUUUAAACUCUAUAUUAUGCAAUUCUAGAUAUUACACUGUUUUCCUUUCUUUGUGCCUUAUACUUAUACCUACAUUUUAUAAUAUCUUUGUUGUUAAUGGUCCAAUAAAUAAUGUUUAUUUAC